AUGGCCGGCCAUUUCCGCGGCUCGCUCGCAGACCCGCCCGCGAAAUCGUUUCCGGACCGGCCCCAGUUCUCGGGCUUCAUGAAGCCAUGCCGCUUCGAAGGUGAGGUUCGGAACCUGGAGAUCGUCGGCUCCGUCCCCGCCGAGCUGGACGGCACUUUUUACCGGGUGAUGCCGGACCCCCAAUUUCCGCCAUUCAUCAAAGACGACCCCUGGUUCAACGGCGAUGGAAAUGUGUCGGCAUUUCGCUUCCACGACGGGAACGUCGAUUUCCAGCAGAAGUUCGUGCGCACGGAAAAGUUUGUCAGAGAAAGAGAGGCAAACCGCGCCCUCGGAGGCGCGUACCGCAACAAGUACACCGACUUGGUUGAGUUGAAGGUCCGCACCACGGCCAACACGAACAUCACCUACUUCAACAAGUCCCUCCUCGCCAUGAAGGAAGACGCCCCGCCGUACCUCAUGGACCCCAACACCCUAGAGACCAUUGGCCUCUGCGACUUUGACGGCCAGCUGCCAAGCUGCACCUUCACCGCGCACCCCAAAAUGGACCCCUUCACGGGCGAGCUCGUGUCUUUCGGGUACGAGGCCAAAGGUGACGGGACGCCAGAUGUCUGCUACUUUAGCAUUGCCCCCGACGGCAAGUUCCUUCAGACGGUGUGGCUCGUGGCGCCGGUACUUGGGAUGAUUCAUGAUUUUGCUAUAACCGAGAAUUGGAUCUUGUUCCCAAUGAUCCCUCUGGUUUGCGACCUUGAAAGGAUGAAAGCCGGCGGCGAACACUGGCAAUGGGAUUCAAAUGUGCCCUUUUAUCUUGGUGUUUUGCCCAGACACGGAGCCAAAGGUAGCGAUGUGAAAUGGCUCCGCGCACCAAACGCCUUCCCUGGUCACACCGCAAAUGCCUAUGAGACCCCCUCGGGCAACAUUGUCUACGACCUGUCCCUGGCCGACAAGAACGUCUUCUUCUGGUGGCCCGACGCUGAGGGCAACGCACCAGCCCCGCAAGAUAUCCACGCGCAAUACGUGCGUUACGAGUUCGACCCCCGCGCCACCGACUCGCUCGAUCUUCCAACGCCAACGACGAUCCUCCACCACGAUAUGGAGUUCCCCGCAUCGACGAGCGCAUCCUCUCCAAGGCUCACCGGCACAGCUUCUUCGACAUGA